AUGGGACACCAGAGCAAGGGACUAUCGCUCCAGCCAACUCUUAGCCUUGCAUACGUCAACCCGGAAACCAAGCAGCCUUUUGGGAGCCACCCCGAGAGCCAAAGCACGGAGUCUCGGGUCACAGCAAACCCCCCCUGCCGCACUGCUGCACACGUCGGCAGGGGCUUCUGCUUCCCUGCUGCAGAUCUUCUCUUUCAAACAGCCAGAGAUGCUGGUCUGGAGUAUGACUGCGUGUGCGGCGUUCCUUACACAGCGCUGCCGUUGGCCACGAUUAUCUGCUCAGAAAAUCAGAUUCCAAUGCUUAUACGGAGGAAGGAAGCGAAAGACUAUGGUACUAAGCGGCUGGUAGAAGGCACCAUUAAUCCAGGAGAAACAUGCUUGAUCAUUGAAGAUGUGGUAACAAGUGGAUCUAGUGUACUGGAAACUGCGGAAGUUCUUCAGAAAGCAGGAUUAAAAGUCACGGAUGCCGUAGUGUUGUUGGACAGGGAGCAGGGCGGAAAGGCCAGGUUAGAGGAAUGUGGAAUCCGCCUGCACUCUGUGUGUACAUUGUCCAGCGUGUUGGAGAUUCUCCAGCAGCAGGGAGAAGUGGCUGUUGAGAUGGUUGAAAAGGUGAAGAAAUUCAUUCAGGGAAAUGUGUUUGAGCCAGUGGCUCAGAAUGGCCCCGCUCCCGUGAAGAGACUAUGUAAAGAGCUGAGCUUCAGUGCCCGUGCCGAGCUGCCAGGGGUACAUCCUAUUGCAGCCAGGCUUUUUGCGCUCAUGGAAAAGAAGCAAACGAACUUGUGCCUUUCUGCUGAUGUCACCAGCUCUGAAGAGCUGCUGCAGUUGGCUGCCAUCCUGGGCCCCAGCAUUUGUAUCCUGAAGACUCACGUAGACAUCCUGAACGAUUUCACCCAAGAGGUAGUAAAGGAGUUGAGAACACUCGCGGAUCAACAUGAAUUCUUGAUUUUUGAAGACAGGAAAUUUGCAGACAUUGGAAACACAGUGAAACAUCAAUAUGAAGGUGGUGUGUUCAGAAUCGCAUCCUGGUCAGACAUCGUUAAUGCCCACGUGGUUCCAGGCUCUGGAGUUGUGAAAGGCCUGAAGGAAGUAGGUCUUCCUCUCCAGCGCGGCUGUCUUCUGGUUGCCGAGAUGAGUUCCCAAGGGUCACUUGCAACAGGUGAAUACACAAAAGCUGCGGUACAGAUGGCUGAAGACAACUCGGAUUUCAUUUUUGGAUUCAUAUCUGGAUCUAGAGUUAGUAAUAAACUGGAAUUUCUUCACUUAACUCCAGGGGUGCAGCUGCAAACUGGAGGUGAUAACCUUGGACAGAAGUACCUAAGCCCCGAGGAAGUUAUUACCAAAAAAGGUUCUGAUAUCAUUAUUGUGGGACGCGGCAUCUUGUCAGCUUCAGACCGUCUUCAAGAAGCAGAGAAGUACAGGAAGGCAGCUUGGGAGAGCUAUGUAAGCAGACUUGGUAUUCGUGCAGAAGAUGGAAAGCAGGCCUCUUUCCUAGUCAAUAAGCAAAGCUGAUGGAGCUGUGAUCAUCAUGAGACUUCCAGUUAAAUACAUAGACACUUCAGCCAGUAGAAAACUGCCCUUUUGGAGAAAAAUCUGUUACUAACUAAAUUAUUUUUAAUCGCACACACAGAGAUCAAGUUGUACAUGCCAUGGUUGUUUUUUAAUAUUUGAAUGUAUGAACCCAAAACUUCAUGCCUAGUUUUUAGCCUUAAUAGCUUUUCUCUGCUGAAAAAUGUUCCACGAAACACUGCAAGGGUAUCUGGUUGGCUGUCAUUGCUUUUGUUUCUUUUUCCCCACCCUCAAAUUCCUUCUGGCUGUGGAAACAGUAUUUUACUGUUCUUAAUAAACUUCGCCUGCAGACCUGACCCUACUGCCCCACUCUCACAGGAUUACUCAGCUCUGCUAUUUCCAAGGAGCAAGUAUGGGUCUUUAUCCCACACUGUGAAAUUGAAUAAUGUGUUGUUCAAUAAAUACUUUUUUGCUACUGUUUUCCUUUCA